UCUGUUCCUCAGCAUGAAGGCAGAGCGGAUCGGCGUUGAUAUUCCCGUGUAUGACCUCUCUCUGAUCCGAGAUCUGUGGGAGGGACGCGUGAAGAAACACAAGCAGCGACAGAAGAAGGAGGAAGAGCGGAUCAGUCAAAGUGCUCUGGCCAGGGUGAAUCAGCAGUGGCAGUAUCGCAUUGCAUGCAGAAAGCUGAAGAGCGCCGAGGUCGCGGCGCUGCAGUGUUAUCUGGAGAGAUCAGCGCUCAGAGAAAUACACCUCCUGCCCACCGAUAACAAGGACAAUGACGCAGACAACAAGAAGUUCAUUUUUGAGCUGAAUGGGAAAAAAUGGAUGAAAUUACCUGAAGAGCUUCAGUAUAUGACUUAUCUCAAGGAAUGGCACAUCCACGGGACCAGGAUUCCCGAGAUUCCCACUUACAUUGAGGCGUUUGUGGAUCUGCAAGUGCUGGACGUCCCAAAAAAUGGACUGACUAGGCUUCCUACUGAAAUAGGGUCACAGAAAUCCAACGCAAAUGUCUCAUCUUUCACAGGGAAACUGAUCAACCUGAAGGAAUUAAAUGUGAAUUAUAAUAAACUGUUAAGCAUUCCACCUGAACUCGGAGAAUGUGAGCAUCUGGAACGAUUAGAGAUGACGGCGAACAGAAACCUGGCCGAGCUUCCCUUUGAGCUGAGUAAUCUAAAGAAGUUGACGCACUUGGACGUGGCAGAGAAUCAGUUUGCCAGUAUUCCUGUCUGCGUGCUUCGCAUGGAAAGCCUGAAGUGUUUGGAUAUCAGCAACAACAGACUCAAAGACCUGCCGGAGGACAUCGACAGGCUUGAGUCAUUAGAGAUGCUGUUCCUUCACAAAAACAACGUGCGAUACGUGCCGAUGACCGUGACGAACCUCAUCCAUCUGAGGAUGCUGGUCAUCAGCGCAGACGAACUGUACAGCAUCCCGUCGCAAUUAGUUGACAAUCCUAACAUCAAAUUAAUCCGAUUAUAUGACAAUCCAAUAAAUACUGACAAUGAAGACAUGAACGAGAUAGACGCAGAAGCUCAGGACGAGCGUGACAAGGAGUUCAUGAAGACGUACAUCGAGACUCUUCAAGACAGAGACACUCAGCCGUCAUACACCACUAAAGUCUCCCUCAGCUGCCUGCUGUAGAACCAGAUGACUCUAAAUAUGACACAAUCAUCUGCUGCAGAAUGACACCGAAUGAAAUCAGUGUUUUAAAUGCUUCCACUGGAGUCUAUUUAUUAGUUUUCUCAUUCCAAGUUCAAUUAAAACUGAAAAGCAGGUUACACUGGAUGAUAAGCUGUUAGUAUCUAAAGGGUUUGGGUUUCUUCUCUAGCAGCGUUUACUAUUAUUUAAGAAAAACAGCUGGGAGUUUGUAGGCUUGAAGUUCAUAGUUUCCUUUAAACUAGUUAAAAUCUGAUCCCAAACCCAUUUUGAUUUGGUUUUCUGUGAAGAUUUACAUCGUUUAGUUUGUUUGAUGUGACCAAACGUUUCACAGCAUGCUGAUAAUGAUUUUUUCUGUCUGCGAGUCAAUGUUUUAUA